AUGGCUCACCAGACGCCGCUGCUCAUGGCUCCCCUCAUGCAUUCGGCCCCGACGGGACCUAUUGCUUUGGGGAAUCUCAUCAAGGACCCCCGCUCUCCUGAGAUCCCUCUCACCAAAAACGACUCGGAUGCAGUUAGAAAGGUCGCUGAUAAGUACUCGGAAGUAGAACAAAGCAAUGUGUUCCGCCACGACAGGAAAACUGCAUCCGGCAGCGCUGGAGUGGUGGCCAAGUUCUUCGAAAGCCUCGCAUUGGAUCUGGGCGGAAACAAAAACAAAAGCUUCCAGUCAACUUGGAAAAUAAAUCGGCUCGUCACCAGAUCCAUUUAUCCAAGCGAGGUAGAGGUCAAGAGCGUCUUCAACGAGCCGAGUGUGCAAGAGGGAAUCAGGAACAGCUUCUUUCGCGCCAACGUCUAUAUGAUCACGAGCGUUCAGAUUGCCUACGGAGCCGAGGACUUUAUCUCAACUCUUCGAGGGCAUGGCGCUCACCUUCACGCAGUUGCCGACUUGAAUGCGACCGGCCUGCCCGUCAAUGCCGGCAUCGACAGCAGCUUCGACGCAGCCGACGGUAUCGUACGCAAGUCGACCUUCAACCCGAGCAUGCCUUUUAUCUUGGCGUACGGUCUCAGAGAAAUUUACUACAGGCGCAAGAGGGUUGCGAAGCAGAAGGUGUACCGAAACGGCGAUCUAUACAAUGUCGGGGGCAGGGAGCCCGAACCGGAGGAAGACUCGGUGGCGGAAUUACGUUUCUUGGCUGAAGAUAACAGUGAAAUCCCUAGCAUGUGGGGAAUGAAGCCGAGUCAGUAUAUCCUCGAGGAUGACUAG